CAGCCGCUAUUGCUGCAGCAAAAAUUGUUUCCCCCCCAAAAAGACCGUUGUCUGCAGGAGUCUUCCUACAGGAAUUCAGUAGGACCGGCACUCUCUGCUACCAGCUACAAUGGAGAGGUGGUGGCUGGCAGUUGUUGCAGUUUUGACUGCAUUCGGUGCACUCGCAACCUCCCAGGAACCGAGCGAGCCGCUGCAGUGGAUCCCAAUGAGUGAGAAUGCAAUCACUCUGCCCGCGGCAGAUGACCAAGCUACCGAAAUAUAUUUUGCCCCUGGGUUUCCUUUUGGAGAUGAACUCAGACACAAAAUAUAUGUAUCUACAAAUGGUUUGAUCUCUUUUGAUACCCCUAUCUCCACGUUCUUUAAUCAACCUUUCCCAAGUUUCCUUGGAAAUUUUUAUGUGAUAGCACCUUUCUGGGAUGACAUAAACAUUGUAAAUGGUGGUACAAUCUCUUACGAGGAACACGCGUCAGGCAGCAAUGCGAUGGGAGAUGUAAAUGACUAUGUUUCAGCACAAAUCGAUGAAAACUUUGAAGGUAUUUGGAUGCUGGUUGUUUUCUGGGAUCAAGUUGCUCCAUAUUUUGGAUCAAUUAAUGAUGCAAACUCAUUCCAAGCCAUAUUGAUAAUGGAUUCCAGCCAAGAUGCUUAUGCGAUCUUCAUCUACGAGUGUGGGCUGCUUCAAUGGGACAACUUUGCAACCAUUGGUUACAAUGCUGGCCCAGAGCAUUAUGACAACCAUGACCCAAGCAGCAGUGAUGUUGCCUGCGUGAACCACCCAGCCAACAACUUCAGCAACGUCUUUUACACACUGCAUGAGGCAGAGCCCCUUCCACCUGUAGACCCACAAGUUAGUUACUUGGAUUUCCUCCCACACACAACAAAUUAUUUGAGCAAUGGGCUGCUACCAAAUUGUGACGAUUGCAUAUCACAAAAUAUAGAAUUGCCUAGUGACUUUCCAUUUGGAAACUUCACCCACCCGAGUGCAUAUGUGGCUUCAAAUGGACACAUUUCAUUUCGAACUGCCUACACCCAUUUCAAUGCUGAGCUCUUCCCAACUACAAACCCCGGCAUCUACUGGGACUUUGUGUUGGCCCCGUUCUGGUCCGACGUAGAUCUGCGACUAGCAGGGAAUGCAUCGUGGGAGAUACACACGACAGCUGAGUCGCAGGACCUGAUUAACACUGUGUCGAUUUUCAUCCAAGAAAACACAGCGAGUAGUAGCUUUUCAGGGUCAUGGAUGAUGAUCGCAUAUUGGGAAGAUGUACACCCAUUUCCUCAUGGUGCUGGAAGCACAACGGAAUAUGCUUUGAGUACCAACACUUUCCAGGCCAUUAUAAUUACUGACGGGACCAAAUCAUAUGCAGUGUACACGUACAGAUGUGGAGAAAUGGAUUGGGGAGACGAGUCAACAGUAGGAUUCAAUGCCGGCGGAGACUACUUUCAAAACCAUCCCGUCACUGGACACUUCCAGUCUCAUUUCAUAUCUUGUCUCCAGAACAUUAGCAAUGGCAACCCCACCACAAAUGUGAUAUACGAUUUAGUUCCCAAUCCAGGGUCAGUACUCCCUGGUGAUAUUCCUCCGUUCCACAACACAAUCGGGUCAUGCUCUGCAGCAGGGUAUACUGAAUGCUGUGCAGAAGGAGACUGCAGAGGAACACCACUCUAUGGAAACUGCUACUGCGAUGCUCUCUGCCGCGAUCGUGGGGACUGCUGCUACGAUCAACAAUUCAUCUGCCCCACAUUCCCAGUGACAGACAAUUACGUGAUACUGGCAGUAGACCCCGGAGUCCUUCACAUGUCUUUGAAUGGCUCAGAUGUUCAAACUCUAGUCAGUGGUGUCAACGAAAGGGCCUAUGGAAUCGACUACCACUUGGCUGACCAGAUUAUGGUGUGGUCGGAUGUUGUGAAUGAUGUCAUCUACAUGAAAAGUCUGGAUGGAACAGGGCUUGUAACUGAGCUAGUGACAACAAACAUAGCGGCAGUUGAUGAUCUGGCCAUUGAUUGGAUUGGCAAUAACCUCUACUGGACUGAUAGCACAUGGUCUCGAAUUGAGGUCAUGAACCUUGAGACUCUUAAUCGUGCUGAGCUACUGCGUACUGGACCAAAUCUUAACCCAAGAUCUAUUGCUGUUGACCCUACCAACAGCUACAUGUACUGGACGGAACUGGGCCAGUCCUCACGGAUAAUAAGAGCAUCCAUGGAUGGGACAUCGGAACAACUACUGCUUGGAUUCUUAGCUCAACCAAAUGGACUGACAGUUGAUAUUGCAGAGCAGAGACUAUACUGGUGUGAUACGGCUGCUGGUACAGUAGUAUAUGGAGAGUUGGGGUCUGCAGGUUUGGUGUCCUUUACACCAUUGGUACUGGAAGGUGGUAUUGGUCAGCCUUUCUCCAUCUCUGUAUCUGCAACAUCAGUGUUCUGGACUGACUGGAGUACAAAUAGUCUAUUGGCCACCCAUAAGAUCUAUGGCAGUGGAGAGAGUGGCCACCAAUUCACAGUUUUCGAUGCAUCCCCUAAUACACCAAGAGGGGUUGAAGUGGUUACAUCAAGCCAACAGCCUACAGCUGGCAUCUCCAAUCCUUGUAAUACGAGUGGAUGCAGUGACAUCUGUUUGCUGUCUCGCAACACUGCUGGGUUUACGUGUAAAAUGGCUGAUGAUACAAGUCCCACACCCCCUUCAGCAGGAUCAUGUGCUGAUGCUGAAUAUGACACCUGCUGCUCACACGGUGCUUGUGGUGGAUAUCCAGCAACCUGUUUCUGUGACAUAGCCUGCUACGAACGUUCUGACUGCUGCGAUGACAUUUAUGACAUCUGCAAU